AUGACUUUCCACCUGUGUGGUGUUAGCACCACUUACAUAUUAGACAAUUGUAUCCAGCUGUGUGGCAUUGUGGACCCCUAUGACUUUGAUGCAUCUAAUCCUCCAUUCUUAUUCUUUGCAGAUGGGAAUCCAUACACCUGGUGGGUUGGAAAAGCCAAUGAGAAGCACUACUAUUGGGGUGGCUCUGGACCUGGCAUUCAGAAAUGUGCCUGUGGCAUUGAACGCAAUUGUACUGAUCCCAAAUACUAUUGCAACUGUGAUGCUGAUGCUAAACAAUGGAGAAAAGAUGCUGGGCUCUUGUCUUACAAAGAACAUCUACCAGUGAGUCAAGUGGUGGUUGGAGAUAUUGACCGAUCUGGAUCAGAAUCCAAGUUAACUGUAGGUCCUGUGCGCUGUCAAGGAGACCGGAAUUACUGGAACGCUGCGUCUUUCAUUACUCCAUCAUCCUACCUUCACUUCUCCACGUUCCAAGGGGAAACCAGUGCAGACAUCUCUUUCUACUUCAAAACAUCAGCCCCUGAUGGAGUGUUUCUUGAGAAUUUGGGGAAUACAGACUUCAUCAAACUUGAGCUGAAAUCUGCUAUUGAAGUGUCCUUUUCGUUUGAUGUUGGAAACGGCCCAGUGGAGAUCAUUGUCAGAUCCCCCAACCCACUCAAUGAUGACCAAUGGCAUCGAGUCAUCGCUGAGAGGAAUGUCAAGCAGGCCAGUCUGCGGGUGGACCAGCUGCCACAGGAGAUCCGGAAAGCACCAACGGAAGGCCACACACGAUUGGAACUGUAUAGCCAGUUAUAUGUUGGUGCCGCAGGAGGCCAGAGAGGAUUUCUGGGUUGCAUUCGCUCUUUAAGAAUGAAUGGGGUGACUCUGGACUUGGAAGAGAGAGCAAAGGUCACACUGGGGGUGAAACCUGGCUGCUCUGGCCAUUGCACCAGCUAUGGAAUGUACUGUGAGAACGGAGGUAAAUGUGUCGAGAAAUACAAUGGCUACUCCUGUGACUGUUCCAAAACUGCAUAUGAUGGACCAUUUUGCAUAAAAGACGUUGGAGCAUUUUUUGAAGAGGGGAUGUGGCUCCGAUAUAAUUUCCAGUCCCCAGGGAUCAGUGUGAAAGACUUAGUCAGCCGAACUAUGUUGAGCUCUACAGACCAUGAUAACACUGUGCCAGACCUCAGAUUGAAUAAGGAGGCGCUCAGUUUCAGCUUCAGUACCACCAAGUCCCCUUGUGUCCUCCUGUACAUCAGCUCUUACACUCAGGACUAUAUGGCAGUGCUUGUCAAGCCAUCUGGAAACUUACAGAUUCGAUACAACCUUGGAGGCACUGGAGAGCCAUAUAACAUUGAUGUGGACCACAGAAACAUGGCAAAUGGACAGCCACACAGUGUUAAUGUCACACGGAAUGAAAGGGACAUAGUUCUCCAGCUUGAUCAUUAUCCUCCAGCAAGUUACAGCCUGCCAACAGCUUCUGACACUCAGUUCAACUCCCCAAAGGCGCUCUUCCUGGGAAAAGUUAUAGAAACUGGGAAGAUUGACCAAGAUAUCUAUCAAUACAAUACACCAGGAUUCACUGGCUGCCUAUCUAGAGUGCAGUUCAACCAGAUUUCCCCACUCAAGGCAGCCCUGAGACCUACCAACACCUCCUCUCACGUCCACGUUCAAGGGGAGCUAGUGGAAUCCAACUGCGGAGCAUCUCCGUUGACCAUCCCACCAAUGUCUGCAGCCACUGACCCCUGGCAUUUAGAUUCAGCCAGUGCUGAUUUCCCAUACAAUGGUCAAGCUAUAGGAGAUGGAGUUAACAGGAACUCAGCCAUUAUUGGAGGUGUCAUCGCCGUUGUGAUCUUCACCAUCCUUUGCACGCUGGUGUUCCUGAUACGCUACAUGUUCCGUCACAAGGGAACCUACCACACCAAUGAGGCCAAGGGGGCGGAGUCUGCUGAGAGCGCUGAUGCAGCCAUCAUGAACAAUGACCCCAACUUUACGGAGACCAUCGACGAGAGCAAAAAAGAGUGGCUUAUCUGAGAGUGUGCGGAGGGGGUUGGAAGCAGGGCCAGGGUGGGGUUGGGGAUGACUCUCUUAGCAAGGAGAGAACGCUCUACUUCAGACUUUUGGGCACAUCUAGUAAAAAGAUCAGCAAAAAUGAAGGAGCAAGCAACAGGCAAAACUGAUGAGACUGGAAACCAGGAUGACACACACACAUUUAAGAAAAGUACUUUUUAAUAUUCAUUUGCAAUGAAUUGCCCCAUCUGUAUCCAAACAACAACAAACAGCAGCUUUUAGAGCUUCAGCAUUGGUUAAAAUUUGUCAGUAAUAUCUGUCUUUUCUGUGUGUGUUUAGAGGUGUUCUAAAUACCCAUGAUGAUAACAGGGCCAGUUUUCUACAUUUUUUAAAAGCCCUUUAGAAUGUGGAUAUUUCUGUCUUGAGAACAGCUUACAAAUCGACACAUCCUCAAAGUGUUCUUUUCAGUCACUCAUAGUCAGUUCCAGACAAGUUCUCAUAAUACCCAUAAUACUCGUUCACGUAUUGUUUCAUUUGGUGGUGUUUGAAUUGGGGCUUAAAAGUUCUAGGGGAGAAAGUGGGGGAGGGAAAAGAGGAUCAAAUUAUAUUUGCCAAUUUUCAAAAUGCUACCAUCUUGUGCCAACACUUUAAGAGUCCCACUUUGGCACAGGCAUUUCAAAACGUUGAUUGUGUAUAGUACUUAUCAGCAAUGUAAAAAUAUAAUUAUUCUGAUGAUAGGAGAGGAGUAAAAGCACAGGAAAAUUUUUGUUUUGGUUUGUUUAUUUAAAUCUGAAUGAGUCUGUAGACCUAGUUUGAGUCUGUAGACUUAAUCUGUUUCUGUAACUUUGGCUAUAAUGUUGCUGACCUGAGGCCACAUGGCGGUUUCAGUUUAAACUCAGCUCUGCCUGUGAUAUAUUGGCAUACACUGUAUGUAGGCAUAAGCGUUGUAGUUGGAAAUUAGAGUCAGACUUUGUUUGCUUUUGUUUCUCUGCAUAGGCUGUCACAGAACUAUUAGUACAGUUCUAAGGAAUGCAUUUGAUCCAACAGUUUUCACAUAAUACUUUUCUGUCGCUGGCAUAGCAAUUUAGUUUGUUCUUUAAAUCUUUGGUUUAAAUUCCUUUGUGAAGAAAGUCUCUGUCACAGUGUUCUCUCAGGCAGUAAGGUAAAUCAAGAGGCUUAAAGAGUCCUGCUCUUAGAGAGGGCAGCAGAAACACACAGCAUGAGAGCAGAGGUCCUUUUUUUAAUAAACAGAUUUGCCUGAUCAGUUUCACUGUCUUUGUGGAGUAAUGACUAAGGACUGCAAAGGCAAUAUCUAGUGCUUCAGGGAUCACAAUCUCUCAGACCAGCUGAAUGUCAGGCAUGUCACUGAGAAAGAGGCAGUCAGUUUGCACAGAGGG